AUGGAACCUGAAGGUCGAAUUGUGGUUGCGACAGGGAACCGAGGACCCGGACGAACCCCACUGGACUGGACCACGAGGCUGAAGAUAGCAGCGGGAGCGGCGCGAGGCGUGGCUUUCAUUCAUAACUCCUGCAAGUCCCUUAGACUUACCCACGGUAAUAUCAAAUCCACCAACGUCUUACUCGACAAGCAGGGCAACGCGCACGUGUCUGAUUUUGGGCUCUCGGUUUUCGCUGGCCCAGGCCCAGUUGGUGGGAGAUCCAACGGCUACCGUGCGCCGGAGGCAUCGGAUGGUAGAAAACAGACUCAGAAGUCUGACGUGUACUCUUUCGGUGUGCUCCUGCUGGAGAUGCUGACAGGGAAGUGCCCCUCCGUGGUUGAGAGUGCAGGCAGUGCUUACGGUGGGGGGGUGGACCUACCAAGGUGGGUCCAGUCAGUGGUGAGGGAGGAAUGGACGGCUGAGGUGUUUGAUUUGGAGUUGAUGAAGUAUAAGGAUAUUGAGGAGGAGAUGGUAGGGCUGCUUCAGAUUGCAAUGGCGUGUACCGCGGCUGCACCUGAUCAACGGCCCAGGAUGAGCCACGUCGUCAAGAUGAUUGAGGAGUUGCGUGGGGUCGAGGUGUCUCCGUGUCAUGACACGACGGACUCCGUUUCUGAGUCACCUUCCAUCUCUGAAGAUGCGUGUGGAGCGAGUCAGUGA